ACUGUGCUUACCAGUCUAGCGGUUAGCAUAAAGAAAAAUCACCCCCAUUUAUGGGUUAUUAGAAUCAACCUCAGUAGUUACACCAAGAUUUUAAAAGACUUUCUGGGCAAAAACAGAGAAACGAUAAAUAUACUGGACCUGUUAAAUUCUAAAUAUUCCACAAAAUUGGUAAACCAAUUGGAAAAGUCGGUAUUUUUAAUGGACAGAAAAGUUGUGUUAAUGUUUGACGGGUUCGACGAGAUUGGACCCGACUACACGCAACUCAUUUUAGACUUGCUGCGACAAUGCCAGAAUGCACCCAACUACGACAAAAUAUUCAUUACAAGCAGGCCACACGUAGCUCUAGAGUUGGUAACAAAUUUGCAAGUGAGGUCAUUUACUUUAGAACCAUUUACCAAACAGGAUCAGGUACACUUUUUGGCGAGUUAUUGGAAGCACAAUUUACAUUUAGCUGAUACAGAAAAAGAUAAAUGUGAAAGAUAUGCUGUGGCACUGAUAAACAGAGUAUUCUAUUGGAUUGAACAGCACCAAUCAGGUGAAAACCACUUUGCUGCGGUACCAUUGCAAAUAAGAAUGUUAGCGGAGAUUUUUCAAGAAAGCGAUCGAUUCGAGGAAGCUCUGGAAUGGCAACGUUGCAAGGAGUUUUUAGUUUCAAAUGAAGCAGAACCUAAGUUACCGGAAAACAUGAAUAUUAUGAGAUUAUACCAGAUGUUUGUAGAUAAAAAGCGAAAUAUAUUCAUGGAUAAAGGAAAUCCUACCGGUAACACCGUGGCGAAUCAUGCGCUAAUUGACCAGUUUGAGGAGUGUAUCGCUUACCAGAGAACCCUCGCCUUAGAAGUAAUUCUGGAUAAAACAAAAUGUGAACUUUUCUCGUGUUACCGAGAAAGUCGCAGAAAUGUGGAAAUAAAUAUGUUAAAUAUAGGCAUUGUACAGAAACUCGACAACGAAUUUCACUUUAUCCAUAGAACGUUUGCAGAGUACUUCGUUGCUGAAAGUUUAUUAAAAGAGUUGCAAACACAAAAUGAUGAUUUAAAGUUUCAAACUUAUUUGAUUGAGGAAAUAUUAUUGGCUCCUCAGUUUAAUGUUACUCGAGUUUUUUUAAACGGUUUUCUACAGCCAGUAGUAGAUGAUUUACCUUCUAGAACCUUCCAGCGAUACCAGUCUAUCUCAUAUAAAAUUAAUUUGUCUAAUCGCAAACUGGGGUUACUUCAUGAACUGGCAGGCGAAGGCCACGUGGCAAUUUUUCAACUUAUCUUGAAAUGUAUUGACAUUGUUAAGGAUAUACCUGUUAUCUCUACACAUGGCAUUGAUACUCCUACAGGGAAUACUCCAGAACACACAGUAUAUGGUAAUAUAUUAAAUAUAAUGCUUAACCGUGUACAAAGGGAAGGAUUGGAUAUGACGGAUGGCUUUAAAACUCUCCUUGAAUAUGCCGCUGAAAAUGGACAUUUAGAAAUGGUUAAAUUUUUAGUACAACGAGGAGCCAAUGUGAAUAUUGGGGUCUGUAAACCUCUCCAUCUAGCAGUACAAGCCGGCCACAUCGAGGUAUCAAAGUUUUUGAUAGAGCAAGGAGCAGAUAUAAAAUCACUAGAUUUCCUCGAUGACAGCUCUGUGUUGUAUAAAGCUGUUAGGAAGAAUGACGUGGCUACUGCCACAUACCUUCUCAACGAGAUGUGGAAGACCGAUGAUUUAAAUAUAAACGUUUCUAAUAAUAUAGCUCAUACGGCUGCUUGUUUGGGCAAUAUAGAUAUCUUAAAAAAUUUAGUGGGACGAGGUGUGGAUGUCAAUAAUAGAGUAGAAUAUGGCGAGACUCCGUUUUUUGGCGCUGUCCGAGGAGGACAGUUAGAAACUAUAAAGUAUCUGGUACAGCGAGGAUGCGACAUAAACAGCGAGGACCACCGGAAUCGUACGGCGCUACAUAUAAUCGCACCAAAUCCAUCGGACGUUUCCACUGCUAAAUUUUUAAUAGAUUUAGGGAUAGAUGUCAACGUUAUAAGUUCAGAUAUGAAAACAGCGCUUCACUUAGCGUUGGAAGGGGCUAAUUAUGAUUUAAUAGAAUCAUUAGUAAAUAGUGGUGCGGAUGUUGACUUGGAAGAUGAAAAAGGUGCCACAGCUCUCCAUCUAGCUGCUUCGAAGUAUCAACAACUCGCUGUGAAACUACUUGUAGAACACGGAGCGAAUUUGAACAAAAGAGAUAAAUGGGGCCGUACGCCACUGCAUGUGGUGAUUUUAAACGACUUCUCCAUUUUUGAUAGUUACGGCUAUCCUAAUUGUAUUCCAAAUAUAGUUUUCUCUAAGGAUCGUUUGGAAAUUACUAAAUUCAUCAUUGAAAAUGGUGCAGAUCUCAACACUAGAGAUAUUAAGGGUCGUACAGCAUUUCAUUUAGGUGCUAUAUCCGGUCAGUCAGAUAUCGUUAUGUUGCUUAUGCAAUUCGAAGUCGAUGCUAAUAUUAGAGACAACGACGGUAGAGCGGCUGUACAUUUAGCCACUUUAGGGGGUCACACAGACAUUGUCAAGUUUCUCGUACUACAUAAUGUGGAUAUUACCAUUAAGGAUAAUUCUGGUUACACGAUACUGCAAUAUUUAUCAUUCUGCAGAGAUCAGUUGGACAUUCUUAAAUUAAUUAAAGCACAUACUGGAGAUGUUAACGUCGAGGAUGGUUGUUCGGCACUCCAUUCGGCUGUUGAAAGAGGUGAUUUAGACACAGUAAUUUUUCUUGUUGAAACCGGAAUCGACGUCAACAUUAGAGACAAAGAAGGCAACACUGCAUUACAUUUAGCUAUUAAUAAAGGUCAUUUCAGCAUUGUUGAAUACCUAGUAAAAAUUGGUGUAGACAUAACUGUUCAGGAUAAUUAUGGAUACACGGCACUACACUUAGCUGUUAAAAGUAGUGAUUCUGAUAUGUCCUUCAGAAGAGAUAAUAACGAUCCAGCUCUACAAUCUCCAGCUCAUGUAAAUGAUUCUGACGGUGCGAAAAUUCGUAAGAAUACUGAGGUGCAUAUAUGUGAUCGUAUAAACACUGAAUCGCUCUUUGAGAAAAGUGAGACAGACAUCAGUAUGUCACUUAAUGUCCUUGAUAAUCAAUUGUCAGCCGUUCUCAGGUAUGUUAAGGAUAAUCAACCAGAUCUUAAUUCGAUCUCUGAAAAACUAGAGGCUCUAAACUCAUCUACAUUGGAAGCAUUGAAAUCUAUCGGAGACACUACAAAAAAAAUUAAGUCGGUCCUUAUACCUUCCUCUGAUGAAAGAGGUACACAUAUUAAAGAUAAUAAUAUCACUACUUUACCUCUGGCUCUUCAAGAAGCAAGUUUGAACUUUGAAAAGGUUUUUACGGCUAUUAGAGCGAAUAAAGUCCAUGAUUCAGGCAAUGUACCUUUUUUUGCAAAAUUUUGUACAGGCACUAACAGUAAAAGCAAUGACACCAUGUCACUACCUUCCGUUAUCGAUAACGGCAGUUCUAGUACGUUCAAAUUUCCUGGAAACACUGGAAAAAGUUUUAGUGUCAGAGACAAUAAAUGUAUGGUUCUUCCCUUUACCCCUAAACUGAAUGACACCAAACCCGACGUAUUAGAAAACCGUACAAUUACUGAAACUAAAGAAAGAAUAUGUUAUAUGGAUAUCAUCGCUAUGCUAGUCCUUCAAUGUGAUGAAGUUCUUGAUAUGAGAGAUAAAAAUGGGCACACACCUUUACAUUUAGCCAUUCUAAAAGGAAAUUUAGAAGUUGUCAACUUUCUUGUGAAACACAAAGCAGACGUUAAUGUUACGGACAAUUCUGGCCGCACGUCACUACAACUGGCUGCUAAAAACGGUAAUUUGGACAUUGUCAAAUUACUUAUAGACCAUGGCGUAGACGUUAAUAACCAAGGUAAUGAUGGUUGGACUGCACUACUUACCGCUGUUUGGGAGGGUCAAUUGAACACCGUUAAGUUCCUUAUUACGGAAUGCAAUGCGGAUAUGAACACUAUCGACAAGGACGGUCGCACCGCAGUACAUUUAGCAGCUUCUGAGGGCCAUUUAGAAACUUUGGUGUUUCUCCUACAAUGCGGAAUGGAUGCUGAAGUCAGAGAUAAUGAUGGCCGUACGGCAAUACAUCUAGCGGCUUUAGGAAGUCCUAGUUACUUACCGAGGUUUUUUGGUUUGUCUGGGGAAGCUAAACAUAAAGUCUAUCUAAGCGUGGUAAAUUUAUUAAUGAAACAAGGAGUGGAUGUUAACAGUAAGGAUACUAAUGGAAACACGGCUGCAUUUUUGGCUGAGAGGGAAGGUCACUUGGAAAUGGCGAAGUACCUGGAGGCUUCUGUUUGCAGUGGAAUAUCCAGAAAUUAAUUAUGGAGCAAAAACGUAUAACAUCAUUAAUAAAGCAUAAACGAGUAUCACACAUAAAAUGUUAUUCCUUUUGCUAGAAAAAUAAUGCAAUAAUGCCAGAUCAGGGACACAGAAGCAACUGCCAAAUUUGGCGUUUAAAAAAAUGCAGAAAAUGCUACAAUUUACGCAAAACUUCGGAAAGUCUCAAUGAGUGAAGUUAUUUGUGUUUGCCGUUGCGUUUACGCUCGAGAUAAUACGAUCAUGGAUUGAAUGAAUAAAAU